GCGAGUGAUGUCACAGUCGAUGGAUAUCUCAUCUACAUGGUGAACUUAAUUCUGUGAUUACAGGCUCUAGGGAACGUGGAAUAUUCUAGACAUUUUCAAAGCGUGACCAUGACCUACCAGACCAACAUCCACAUCAAGGAGGAGCCCAGAUCUCCUGCCAGCACGACAGACAUGAGUCACCUGGCAGCGGCCACCAGCGUUGACCAGCACCACAUGGCCGGCUCAGUGCUCACCUACAGAAGGCCCGGCCCCCCGGGAUACGACCCCGUCUCCCCAGAACCAAAGUACAGCUCGCACGUAGGGAUGGGUCGGGCUGUGGACUUUGGUCAGUUGAACUUUGACCCCAAGAACUCUCUGAAGGAAGUGAUCCUGUCCAGGAGGAGGGCGAGAGGGGAGGACGAGAUGGAGGUCAAGUUUGAGGAGCCCAAACACUACGAGCUGACGCAGGCGGACAUUGAGAGGAGAGAACGACGACGGGAACAGAACCGCCGGGCGGCCAAACGGUGCCGGAACAAGAAGAAGGAGAUCCAGAGCUACGUCUCAAAGGAGACAGAGAAGAUGAGCCACGAGAACCACCUCCUCCAGCAAGAGAUCGUCAAGCUGAAGGGCGAGGUGCAGCGUCUGGAGCAGAUCAUCGUCUGCCACUACACGUCUGGCUGCACCUUCAAGGACGAGAGGGUCGAGCGCAUGCUGGCAGACGGCAUGACGUCACACUUGCCGCAGCCAGGCCUGCAAGAGGCGGCCGGUGCCAGCGUGCUGGAGAGGGAGCAGCUCUGUCAUGAGGAGCUGCAGUACGAGGUCUCUGCUAACGAGCUCACCUACCCAGAGGAUCACGUGUUGCCCGUCAACAACCUGCCCAGCUGGGACUUUGUUAAUUUAAAUCCCGAUCCCCAGUUUGCGGCCCUGGCUGGGGCUCAAGACCCCUGCACUUACGACCCCUGCUCAACCAAUAUACCUACGUCAUUUGAUCCCACACGAUACGACACUUCAACCAACCUACCUCUGACGUCACACGAUGAAGCGCCCCCCUCCACCCUCAUGUCGUGUGUGAACCCUAACCUGGUGCAACAGCAGUCCUUCGCAGUCAAACUCCCCCACACCCUGGCUACCACCCCCAAGCUCCCCCACAUAGAGGCCAUGCUCUACCAUCAGCAGACCACACACGCUGGUGGCAUGAACCAGAUGAACGAGUAUGACGUCAGCAACGGUUCCUACGUCAGCUGCCCGUACCGGUACCUCUCGUCAGAACCGGACCAGAGGAGUGAGUUCUCCUAACGCUAGGCUCGUUCUCGUCUCAUGCUGCAGUUUGCUGGAUGUCGUGUUGGGCUAGCUUGUUGGACGACACCAUGUGACUCUGUAUGACAACACUCUAGGACAAUGUAGGACACUUUAGGACACCCUAUACGACACUCCAGGACACCCCAGGACACCAAUAAAAACGUUACCACCAGGAAGUUCAAGCGCCUUAUCAGAUCUCGUGUUGCCUGAUCUCAUCACGUGACUGUUGAUCCAGUCACGUGACAACCGACCUCACCACGUGACAACAGACCUCACCACGUGACAACAUAGCUAGUCACGUGUGUACAGUUGUGACUUUGUACAGCCGAUUGUCUUUUACCAACCGUUCCCAAGCCGGAUGUUGGCCGCAAUAUUCAAGUCUUGUACAUACAACUUUCCAUUGUUGUGUGUAAACAUACAGCAAAUUCUUGUACAUACAACUUUCCAUUGUUCUAUGUAAACAUACAGCUACAUUUCCUAAUGAUAUUUCCCUCAGUGUACUGUUAUUUUAUGCUUGACACGUUUUUCUUAACUCAUGGAAGUUUUGUUACAUGUUUUACACCUGCUGUAUAUAGUCUACCUAGUGUAUAAUAUAGAGUACCUUUUAUAUAAUCUACCUGUUGUACACAGUCUACCUGAUGUAGUCUACCUGUUGUACACAGUCUACCUGUUGUACACAGUCUACCUAUUGUACACAGUCUACCUGUUGUACACAGUCUACCUGUUGUAUAUAGUCUACCUGUUGUACAUAGUCUACCAGUUGUACACAGUCUACCUUAUGUAUAUAGUUGUACAGAAGAGUUUAUCAACAAUUGAUAUUAUCACCUUAUACAUUUAUGAUAUUUAUUUCAUGGGGCGAAUCUUAUUAUUUACUUUUUUCUUAUAUCUCAACGAUUUUGAAUUUUCAAAUGAAAAACAAAACCCACACACACGCAUAUUCAAACUCAUGUAAAUACAACACACAUACACACAUUAACAACACAUACACGCUCAAACACACCACCUCCCUAACAUACCUCAUGAUAAUAAAAGGAUCUAGCUUUUCGGUUAUCAAUGGGGGGGGGGGGCGAAGCCUUAGUUUCCAUGCCAUAUCUAUACAGAUCUAUAUAUAAAAAAAAAUAUAUAAAAAAAAAUAUAUAUAAAUAUAUAUAUAAAUAUAAAAAGAUGUGUUGAAUUUGAUAGGCUCCCUUCGCUUUUCUAAAAAAAAAAAAAAUUUAAUUUGGGAGGGCUGUGCCCUCCUUACACCUCGAUAGAUUCGCCUAUGCCCAUCUGACGUGUGUAGCUUGCGUGUUGUUACAUGUGUGUUGUGAGUUAUCUCCUGUUGGCCACCGUGUGUGUGUUCACUGGCUCAUUUAGCCAAGUUUGAUUGGACAAAAGUCUGAUGUGUCAUACCAUUUACCAAAAGCCACCUACCAUUUAUUUGGUAUAAAAGUCUGAUGUGUCAUACCAUUUACCAAAAGCUACCUACCAUUUAUUUGGUAUAUUUUUAUCUUGCUCAGACCAAACAUUUUAAAACUACAAUUUUCGAUGAUUUAUUCUUUUUCCGCGAAGAAUGACGACUGCUUGACUCCGCGAAGAAUAUUAGCUCUCAGGGAUUUCCGCGAAGUUUAGAUGUGUUUUCUAUUGUAUUCUGCUAAUUUAAACGCUGUUGUUGUUGAUUUCAAAUGACAUCGCCAUAUAAUUGGGAGAUAUUAAAAUCUUUGUAAGUAGCAAAUAUUUGUUAAUACUGAAAUAAUUUUCAUGUGUAAGAUAAUUUGCAAGUAAUAUUCUCUGUGCCAUAUUUUUUUCCAGAAGAGCAAAAUUUUAAAAAUUAAAACAAACUUCGGUAUACUUGCAUCAUUAUAUUCUAAUUUAAACCUGUACAUUAGUUUUUUUAAAUGCCUGUACACAAGACAUUAUUGUUUUAAACAUGUUUGUUAAUGAGGUCAUACAACUUGACAUGUACGACCCGUGUCACCUGACCACACAUGACCUUGACCUGUGUGACCACACAUGACCUUGUUAUAUGUUUUUAAAGCCAGUUGUGAUUAUUUAUUCCAGUCAAAUAUGGAGUUUCCCUCUGUGGGUUCUGGGUACCCCUGUGAAAUUUGGUAUCACUGUGAUGCAUGGGUACCCUGUGGAAUCUAGGUGCCCUUGUAAAAUAUGGGUACCACUUUGGAAUCUGGAUAACCCAGUAAUUAUGGGUAUCCCAUUAAAAUAUGGGUACCCCAGUAAAAUAUGGGUACCCCAUUAAAAUAUGGGUACCCCAUUAAAAUAUGGGUACCCCAGUAAAAUGGUACCUCAGUAAAAUAUGGAUAACCCAGUAAAAUAUGGGUACCCCUGUAAAAUCUGGGUACCCCUGUAAAAUAUGGGUACCCCUGUAAAAUCUGGGUACCCACUGAGGGUGACUCAGCUAGUCCCGACCUGUAUAUAUCUUAUUUAUUGCACCCUAAUAUGCAUUGAACUUGAAAUGAUGAGUAGCAUUCCUGCGGGCAGUUGUAGAUUGAUCUUGACCUGCAAAUGAUAUGUUUUGUCGAGAUCAAACUUAGAUCAAACCUAGAUCUAACCUAAUUUGAGAUAAUGUAAUUCUUGAUCCGGUUUUUAAAUUAGUAAUAAGUUUUCUGUCUAGUUUUAAAUUUUAAAUAAUCAACUAAUUAACUUUUUUCAUUAGUUUUGUGCCUUAACUUCAGAAAAUGUUUGCUUAGCCAUAUAUUUCUAAAUAUUUCAGAUGAUUUUUUUUUUUACUUCUUAGUUUAAGUCUUGAACUAUUAAAGAAAUUUCUAUGUUUUGCUCAAGUUAAUAAAUGUAAGGUUAUUGUACAUUGAAAUAAAGAAAGAGGUUAAUAUUUUGCUCAAGUUAUACAUGUAAGGUUGUUGUACAUUGAAAUAUUACUACGAUAUUUGUUCACCUACAUGAAUAAAAGUUGAA